CAUGUUCAGUUUCCGGUACGUUCAAGCUCAAAAGCGGUGAUAUUUUUUCCCCACUGGAAUAUUUUUGUUUUAUGAAGUAGAAGUACGUUUUUGCUCUUGUCAUUAGGGUUUAUUAAGAGCUGUUAAUUUUUUUCUGUAAAUGUAUCCAGCGGAAAUGGGGGAAUGGUGCAACAAGCUACCGCAGGAAUGGUGGAAAUUUGUGAACCAGGAGGUAAAAGUGACCGCGCAGGAUCAACAGCAGUAUGAAGGCUUUGUGUUCACUGUGGAUCCUGUUUCUGCCAGCCUCGUCCUUGUGACGUUCGAAGAGAAAAGAAGCGCCUCUGUGAGGGUUGUCUUGGGUCACACGGUGAGAGACGUACAGCUCCUCAGGGCAGGAGAUGAAGAUACAGAGAGGAAGAUGAGGUCUCUGUUUAUACCUACUGGCAGUCAGGAAUUCAGCACAGAGGAGCUUGUGGAACGCAAGAAGGACCUGCGAGCAUGGCUGGAGAAGAACCUCAUUCCCGUUACGGAAGAGGAAGACGUCUUGCACGUGGCCAACGUGCUUACCAUCAGCGCCCCGUACGGACCCGAGCAGUGCAGCAGCAGCAACGAAAUCAUUCUAGCCAGAGUGCAGAGUCUCGUGGAAAGCAAGCCAGGAGGAGGGAACCAGCAGUAAGAGUUCAACUCGUCACACUGUGUCCUCUCUGUGAGAGUUCAUGAAGUCCAUGCGUUCCUCUUUCUGUUGAGGGAGACUUAGAAUCCACUGGACUUUGAUUAAAGCACUUGCUGCACUGACAGGCUGUUACUUUUUUUUACUUCUACAUACGUCCUUAAUGCCAAAGCAAACAAUGGGCCUCAUUUAUCAAUCUGGAUAUGAACAAAUCAUUCACAGGAGCAUUUAUGAAACAAUUUUCUUUUUUUCUCUAAUGAAAAGUUAGUACAAAAAAAAUUAAUAUCCUACAAGAGUGUAUAAUGAGACUCACUAAUGUCAAUCUUGAUUGAUCAGCUUCAAAUCAUAUAAAUGGCGAUGUGUUACUGCAAUAUUUUAUUUAUAUAUAUAUAUAUAUAUAUAUAUAUAUAUAUAUAUAUAUAUAUAUAUAUAAAUUAGUUUAAAAUGGUUAUUUAUUUCAAUUAUACAAAUAAUUUGUUUUAAAUUUUGUGAAACUGUCAUUUCAUAUUCCUGACUUGAAAGAAAGCAAUCCAAACAAAUCCAUAAAUCAAGACAAAUAAGACUAGCUUUUCACUUACAGCAAAAGUAAUGAACCCCUAUAAAAGGGCGCAUUAGUGUGUGUCUACGGCAGCCAAUGCGCUGCAGUGGCUGAGCUGCAUUACUGGAAGAUUUAGCACAUGCCGUGCUUAUGAGGCGCUCUUUCACUGUUUUGUUGUCAUUUUGUCAUCUUCAGCUCUUAACCUUUUAUGGAGUUUUAUGGGCAUCACUAAAUGUAAGAGUGCCAUGAACGUGCUUGGUACUUUACAGGUGAUCAACAUAGACAUGUUUCUGGCAAGAAUUUUUAGUAGAGUUCAGCCUAUGAAAAUAUUUACACAAAACUUCACUAAAACACUGAUAAAUGAGGCCCAAAUAAAUGAGAACUGUUGACUGAUCAGGACCUGAGAACAGGAAAUAAUUCUGAAGUAAUACUGUUUGUAGUUAUGUAUUAAUAAACCCUACUGGAGGGUGCAGAGUAUUUGUUUGGUGAAGAUAAAAAAAAAUGGAUUAAACUUUUAUACAAAAUUUUGUCAUAUCACAUUGUUAUUUGUUGAAUACUAUGAGUAAUAAUAGAAUUUAUUUUCUGUCCCUC